UUUGCUGCUUUCAAGUCAUCCAAAAAGGGAAAGCCGGGCAAGGCUCAGGCGAAGCUGCAGCAAGAGGAGGAGGAGAGGAGGCUGCAGGAGGAAGAGGAAGCACGGCUGCAAGCAGAGAAAGACGAGCUGGAGAAAUUGGAAAGAGAGAGAAAAGAGAAGGAGCUAGAAAGGCUUGAGUUAAAGGACCAAGAGCGCAGAGAAGAUGAGCUUAAUGAACUCCGCCACCUACUGGAGGAGAAUCAUACUGCAGUAACCAAAUGGAAAACUGCUGCUGUGGAGAUGAGCAAGUGGGAGAGAUACAUGCGUUGUGAUGGGUCCCCAGACCCGGCAGUGCAUCAGGAUAUUAACACAUAUAUCUGCUUAUGGAGAGACGACCCAGAGGUCAACAUCACACCCGUGCUCAAGCAGUGUAACCUCGCUCUACAGCUGAUUGAGGAGCUAGAAGUUCUGCUCAGAGAUGCUACACAUCCACAAGAGGGCCAGAAGUACCAGGAGGCUCUCAUAAAUUUGCAAGAGCUAAUCCACUUGAAACUCCACCUCACCACGGAGGAGAUCCUCAAGAGGGCCAGUGCGAACAUCGACACCGAGACAGGCAACAUGCAGACGGUGAUCAAAGACGACAAUGUCACGCUGUGUUUCUGGGCCAACCUCAAGAAGAAUCCAAGGUUUAAGGGGUUCAAUUUUGAAGAGGCCGGCCUGGGCUUUAAUCUUCCCAAACAGCUGGCUGUGAGCGAUAUCGCUGUACGGAUCCUCCACACACGGUAUGACCACCUGUCCUUGCUGUCCAGGAUGGCUCACCUCAGAAUACACAGCCACAGGUCUUUUGCAGGCGGUGACGAGGCUCUGGCAGACCUUGGGGUGCCUGAGCAGGAGCAGACUAGAGCAGAGGAGGAGGUAAAGGAAGACAACGAGACGCUGCAGCGGAGGGCGGACGAGGAGGUGCAGUCCAUCCAAGGGUCCGAAGGGCGGAAGAGUGCAACCAGCGUACAGUCGAGGAAAAGCAGUGUCCAGCCUGCAGAGGGACAAGGGAGCCAAGUUCAGACACAGAUAGAGGCGCUUGGUGGAACGAUGUCCAGCCUGACACUUCCUGAUAUUCUGACAGAUGAAGGGGACUUGAAUUCUCCCCCAGUGGAGAUAACAAUGAUGGACCGCGUCCAGGUGGUAGAUUUAAUGCAGUACACACCUCUGGGUGGGGUCCUCUUCUAUGAUGUGUUUCACCUCCCGCCACAAGCCCACCAGGUCAAUGGCUGGGAAAUUAGACAGCUGCUGGACAAAGGGCUGCAGGUGUUCCCCUACCCUGUGGAGAAGUCUAAGGUAGAUGGCAACGAAAGCGUUACGUGCCCUCCUGUUGGCGUGUCUGUGACGCUGCCAGAGUCUGUCGUCUUCUUGGAAACUCCCCAAGUGGCUCGCUGGGAUGCUGCAGGGAAGCAGUGGAGGAUGGACGGUAUCACUGACGUCUCUUAUGAGGAGGCGGAGGCUAAGAUCUCCUUCAAGAUGGACUCCUUCCAGGCCUUUGUGCUGAUGCAGGAAACGUAUGCCAACCUUCCCUUUCAGAACUGGGAGCUCAGGCCAUUAGGCCAAGACUCAGCUCUAUUCACUGUCAACGGAGCGCUCAUGGACCUCAGUAUCACAAUCCAGGGUAACCAGUGUAUGUUGCAGUCAGAGCAACAGAGGGGUCUCGCUCACCUCAUAGGGACGUGGAUGAGUGGCCCCGCCCUGCAGAGAGCCAUGCUCAGCGCUGGCAUCAACAUCUUUGUGAAUGAGUACACGGACAAAUACGUCAGCACUUGCAGCAAGGACCCACUCACUGAACACGCUGCCUACGAACAGAUGGCCCUCUUCGCCUCUGCUUGUGCCUUCUCAUGGAGCAAGUGGAAUGCCAAAUGUGGCGCUGAGCAUCUGGUCAUGCAGGUGUGUGAGCACCACGGCCCCGCCCCUGUGCCUAAGGGCUCGUGGAGUCUGUACCUGCUGGGCGCCCAGAGGAGUCAGAAGCUGGAAAUCACAGAGAAGAGCGAGGCUUUCUCUCCAGACCAUUAUCCCGGCAGUGAGUUUCACUCCACCUUCAUCCACAUGCUCCAGGACAACAUGAGUACUGACGGCAUAGCUAGGACCAGAGAAUCCAAUUAUCUGUUUGUCGAUACAGUACAGAGCCUGCUCUGUGCCACCAGACCCUUCAUGUAUUCAUAACCUGUGUGAAAUUAACUUGGGGUUGCA